AGCGGAAGAAGACGUCCGUCGCCGGAAGUGUCGUGUUCAUAGAAACACUCAUCAGCAUUUCACUUCCAAGCGUUUGGAGUCAAACGUGUUUAUUUCAAACGCAAUUUAAACCGAAGAGAAUCUGAAGAUAUGGCGCAUUUAACGACAAACCCGGCGGAUAAAGAGCGGUUUUUGUGCAUCUAUCCAGCAUACAUCAACAGUAAAAAGACACUAGCAGAAGGCAGAAGAAUACCUGCAGAGAAGGCUGUGGAGAACCCAUCGUGUGCUGAGAUCCGGGACGUUCUCACCGCCGCUGGACUCAAUGUUCUUGUGGAGAACAAGAUGUACCCGCGCGAAUGGAACAGAGACGUUCAGUUCAGAGGAAGAGUGCGGAUUCAGCUCAAACUCGAGGAUGGAAGUUUGUGCCAAGAGAAGUUUGGAUCUAGGAAAGAUGUGAUGUUUUAUGUAGCGGAGAUGAUCCCCAAACUAAAGAGCAGAACCCAGAAGAGCGGCGGAGCCGAGGCAGGAUCACAGCAGGGAGAAGGAGGGAAGAAAGGAAAGAAGAAGAAGAAGUAGAUGACAGAAGGUCAUGUGUUCGCACGCCGUGGUUUGGUUCCUUUUUGACUAAUGGCUGAUUUUUGUUGGACUCCAGAUGUUUGAGCGUCUCUAUGUUUUCAUUAUACACACUCAUUGGCACCUGAUGGACAUUCGUUUGUGCGCCACCGUUCUUUAGUUCUUACUAUUCGCUGACCUCUGACACAACAGCAAGACCAAGGUGUUUCUGUUAAUUACUGAUGAUGGAUUGCAUAUAAACGGGUGCUGACAGAGCUCAAAAUACACCGGCUGCUUGUAUGACGGCGUCUUUCAGCACUCCUGUCAGUUUUUUUAGAUGCGUUUGUCCCGCCGCGGAGGAUCAGUGUUUUGACACGGCUGUAACAGGCUGCGAAAUGCCAGUGCUUGUGUCCUUCAGCGCACCUGUUCGCACGGCACGGCGGCCCGAGCGUCUACUGUCACAUGAAUAUUUCCGUCUGUCUGAAUGUGUGAAAUAAAGAGUAUGGAACAGCAGUUAA